AUGGCUGCCACACUGCCCUUCAGGGAUAUCAACGUACACUCGUCGCCCUCUUAUUACGCAUUUUCGUCACCCUCAACACCGUCUGCGCCAACCUUGGUAGUAGAGAGACCGUCAGGAGACUUUAGACUGAAAGAUGGCAAGCUUCUGGGAUCAAAAAGAGUGUCUAGCAUCGCUGGCAUACUCGGAAUCAUCAAGCUACGUUUAGACACCUAUAUCAUCGUAAUUACCAAGGCACAGCCUAUGGGGCGCAUAAAAGGACAUAUGAUAUACAAGGUCAUCUCCACUGAGCUCCUACCACUCCGCGAACGUCCACUGCAUGACCCGGAUGAGGAUAUAUACAUGUCGCUCGUGAAAGCACAGUUGAAGGGCCCAAUGUACUUCUCGUACUCCUUCGACCUUACCAAUAGCUUCCAACGACAAGCGCAUGCCGAUCUAUCUGCCCCACUAUGGAAGCGUGCCGACGACAGAUUCUUCUGGAACAGAUUCGUGCAAUCCGAUCUCAUAGACUUCCGUACCGGAACCGGGUCUGGCUAUGGAAGGCAGUCCUUUGGCGCACAGCCCGCUCUCGAUCCCUAUAUCCUACCUGUCAUGUUUGGCAUGAUGGAGAUCAAGCAGACAUCGAUCAAGACAAGCAAUCGCGGUAGCCAGAAUGAUACCCCAGUAACAUUUGUCCUAAUUACGAGGAGGUCAAGACACAGAGCCGGCACUCGCUACUUCUCUCGCGGCGUCGACGAUCAGGGGAACGUCUCGAAUUUCAACGAGACCGAGCAGAUAAUCAUUCUAAAUAACCAUAAUUCCACUGGACUAGGCGGCUUUGGUGCUAGCGGAGCUGUAGGCGGCGGCAAAAGUGGUAAGGAGACUCAGGUGCUUUCGUUCGUACAAACCAGAGGCAGUGUCCCGGUCUUCUGGGCUGAGGUCAACACCCUCAAAUACACACCAAAGCUAGAGGUACGGGGCAUUGAUUCUGCAAGAGACGCAGCAAGUCGCCACUUUGAACAGCAGAUUGACCUAUACGGUCACAAUUUUCUUGUAAAUCUCGUGAACCAGAAGGGCAGAGAGCGCAGGGUCAAGGAAGCAUACGAACAGAUGUUCGACCUCCUCAAUCCUGGUUCCCGAGAAAAGGUCGAAUCAAGCAAGAGAUCAAAUGAGAAGUUUGACACUCUCCGGGCGCCCCCAGACUCAGAAUUCGCUAAGCUCACUUACAUCUAUUUCGAUUUCCACAACGAGACAAAGGGUCUCAAAUGGCAUCGAACUUUGGAACUUUUGAAAGAGUUAGGUAGAUUAGGGUUCACUGGCGACGAUUACUUCCAUGGUAUCGAUAUGCCUGGUGAUACAGGUCGUAUGGACGUCCGAAACCAGCAAAGGACCGUCGUUCGGACAAACUGCAUGGACUGCUUGGACCGCACUAAUGUUGUCCAGAGUAUGCUUGGCCGUUUCUACCUUAACCGGAUGUUCGUAGGCCUCGGACUGAUGGACGAUCAAGGCAGUGUUGAGCGAGACAUCAAGUUCGAGUACAUUUUCCGAAAUGUAUGGGCUGACAAUGCUGAUGUUGUCUCACGAGCAUAUUCUGGCACAGGAGCUCUAAAGACCGACUUUACCCGUACUGGAAAUCGCACCAAUGCAGGCAAAUUUCAGGACCUUAACAAUUCGAUCACCCGUUACGUCAAGAACAACUUUCUAGAUGGACCAAGACAGGAUGCCUACGAUUUGUUUCUAGGUGCAUAUCUUCCUGACGCAACAUCCGUUAGCGGGCGCUUCCAGUUCGCCGACCAACGCCCCCUCUUCAUUCAGUCGAUACCUUAUGUUCUGGCUGCCAGUCUAUUCUUCGUCUUCGUAGGGUCUUUCACUCGACGAGACGCAACCGCAAUGGUUUGGCCCCUUCGGCUGGUUAUGAUAUUAUGCUUUGUUUCGACCGUAGCGUGCCUUUACUUCAUUUGGUCACAUGGGACGCUCUAUGUGAAUUGGCCAAAGCUCAACACACCCCCAUGGGCAACAGACAGCUACCAAGAGGCUUUGGCACAUGUGAAGAGCGCCCCAGUCAUUGGUGGUAUGGUCAAUGUCAACAAGCAUGAGCGAGGGAAGAGUGAUGCCCGACUUGGGUACCUUGAGGAGGGCAAAAAGAGGAUUGAAUAG